AUGGAAACUGGCCAAUACUCCUCGUGGUCAGAACUUUUCCGUAUUCAAUGUCGAGCAUUCAAAGUUAUCGAUCACCUUAAACCUAAACUUGAGGCCUCCUCUUCAACAUCCGAAAAACCUCCUGUUGAUGAAGAGUGUGAUAGACUUGAUGCCAUUGUUUUACAAUGGAUGUAUAGUACUAUCUCAAAUGACCUCCUCAACACCAUUAUACGCCCCGAAAACACUGCCCAUGAUGCCUGGUCCACAUUGGAAGGCCUGUUUCAGGACAAUAAGAACGCGCGUGCGACCCAUCUGAUGCAGAAAUUCACCACAACUCGUCUUGACGGCUUCCCUAACAUGUCUGCGUAUUGUCAGGCCAUCAAGUCUCUCGCUGAUCAACUAGCCAAUGUCGGUGCACCUCUGGAUAACAAACGCCUCGUCCUACACCUUCUCGCUGGUCUCACCGAUCAGUACGAAGGCAUCUCCACUAUCUUGCAACAAAAAGAUCCUACGCCGACAUUCUAUGAGGCCCGUUCUCAACUACGUUUGAUUGAGAGUCAGAAAGACGAAAAAGCAUUGUAUGCCGCAACCGUUGCCAACCAGGCUCUUCACACUACCACCGACAAGCUGUCGCCGCCCUCUCAACCAUCUCAGCCGUCUUCACAGCAUGCUUACCCACCUGACUUCAAUACAGCCGUCUCCCGAGGCCGUGGCCGCUCACGAGGACGUGGUCGCGGCAGGUCAUCCGGGUCACGGGGUUGCGGACACACCUACGGCUCCUGGACAUCACCAACCACCUACACUUGGACCCCUAAUACACCGCCCCAUGGUUUCACUGGGCUGCUCCACCACCGUGUCCGUAACCAACCGCCAACGCUCUUCCCAACCACAACUCGGGUCAAGGCAUUCUCGGUCCACGUCCCCAUCAGGGACAUCAGGCGACUUACUCUCCAACUAACAUUCAACAAGUUCUAUACACUAUGUCCCUGA